UCACAAUCGAAAGGAAAGCUCGGAAGGAGCACUUGGGGAAUGUUUUAGUUCUAGAUAGUACUGUUCCCGCGUUUAGUUCAGAAGUGGCAUGCGCUGCAAUCUUGAUAUAUACCUACCUAGGUACCUAUUUGAUCAAUUCUUGCAUCUCUGAUCACCAAUGGAAAAAUAAACCCCCCUCGAGGGAACAUUCGGUCCGACGUGCUCACGUUUCUUCAACAAUUCGCAAAGGGCCCAAUCAGCUGUAGUUUCUUCCCGAUCAGGAAUAAACUCGAUCGCCGUCUAGACAGCCAAAAUUGAAAACUUUAGCUAUCGACGUUUUUUUUUUUUUUACUACCGAUCCCACGACUCAAUCGACCAGCCCGCCACACACGGAAAGCCCAAAAGCGACGACUCAUUUUAGCGACCCCCGUACAAAAUAAACCACCCUUGUUGCGAUCGGCCCGCCGGUUUGCCCAAACACGCACGCGACCCCGAACAGCUCGCGCUGCUCCUUUUUGAACACCCCCGCCUCGUCUUUGCAAUCGCGGAAAAUCGUCGCAUCGCCCGGCGUCCUUAAACCAUGGAUGACAAGGAGCUGCAGCGCUCCAUUAAGGAGCUCGUCAAGGCCGUCGGAAACGAGCCGCAAGAGACUAUUAUUCGCAUGCUUGAGAACCUGAAGAAGGCGACGCCAUCUGAAGACAGUCUGAGGGCGACCAAAGCAGGUGUGGUGGUUGGCAAGUUGCGAUCAAAUUCGGACAAGAGCAUCGCGCGCGUCGCCGCAGAGGUGGUCACUAAAUGGAAGAAGUCGGUUGAAGCGGAGAAGCGGAAACGGGCGGGAGGCCCCGCCGGCGCCUCGUCGCCCGCCGCCGCGUCGUCACCGACGAGCAUGAACGCGCCCUCGCCGGCCGCAGCAUCUAGGCCAUCGGGCAGCGGCAACGGCACCAAGCCGUGGACAGGCGACGCCUCGAAACGGCGCUGGGAUGCGGACAAGGUGGACAAAAACCGUACUGGCAACACGACGCGAGACAAUAUUAUUGGCUUGAUAUACAACGGACUGGCGUUCAAGUCGUACGCGCCCAUCGACGCGAUCCUGGCCAAGUCGGUCGAGAUCGAGCAGGCCGCAUUCGUGGCUUACAAGGGCGACACGGCCGAGUACAGGAACAAGAUGCGCUCGCUCUUCUCCAACCUCAAGUCCAAUCGGGACUUGGCCAAGGGCGUCUUCUCAGGCAAUAUCGCUGCUUCGAAGUUUGUCGUCAUGACGUCGGACGAGCUCAAGUCGAACGACCUGCGCAAGCAGGAGGAAGAGCUGGCCAAGGAGAACAUGAAGAAGGCACAGGUGCCCAUGGCCGAGAGGUCCAUCAGCGACGCGCUGGAGUGCAGCAAGUGCAAGCAGAAGAAGGUCAGCUACACGCAGGCGCAGACAAGGAGUGCUGAUGAGCCUAUGACGACAUUUUGUGAAUGUACCGUGUGUGGCAAUCGGUGGAAGUUCUCUUGAAGCUGCCCAUCUGCCACGCUGAGGAGGCAUGUCGCCAGUAUGCGUCGUUUUUUUACUAGCUAUGGGACCGGUAGAGGUCCCCGAUACCCCGACUGGAGGCUAGGUGAAAGUGCUCUCACGGUUUGUUGAUCAGCAAAGAUUGCACCUCGACUCUGAAAAGCAAGUAAUAACCGAAAGGCUGGUUGCAUGUCUAACAUGUCUUUUUUUAUUUUUUAUAAACUGCAACUGGUUGUUUUCCAUAUGGCUGGAACCAGUUAUAGAAAUCACGCAGCAUUGAAUUAUCGUGAGAUCAGUUUGGGUUUGGUGAAAAGAGAACAAAAAAAGAAGAAAAAAUAGCAAGGUGUUAAGAGUACUCGAUUUUAAGUGUUUAUUUACUAUUAUCAUUUCUUCCUUUUUUCUCUCUCUAAGGCUAUGGGGGUGGCGGAAAGGGUGCGGCGCAUGAUGCGUUUUAGAUCUGGCUUUGUCCAUUUACCGAGCGUCUUAUUAUAUCCAGUUGGCCAAGUACCUUUUGCUUGCCGACAAAAAAUGACGUAAACCAGAUUUUCCUGGUUAUUCGACAAGAUCAGCUUGUUUUACAGGUUGGCUAUUAUUACGAGUUUUCAGGGGGUUCCGAGUUGAUGUGAAUCGUCUCGAGGCUUCAGUCCAAGCAAAGUGAGUAAAUCCUCCGGGCUGCUUGGCUUCUCCCCACCCUCGGCGCCCUCCUUGCGCACGUCGCCCUCGAGCCCUUUGUCGGCCACCUGCUUAU